AUGAGCAACAGCUCGGUGUCCGUGCUCGUAGCGUGUCUGGCGCCCCUCGGGCUGGCCUACUACGUGUGGCGGCACCAACAGCUCGCUGCGGAGGUGCAGCGGCUGCAGCUGGACAACAGCGACAAGGAUGAACGGCUCAGGAGGGCCGCGGCGGAGAUCAGGGAGGUCGACGGGUACAAGGCGAACGUCGAGCGACUCCAGGCGUCGAACAAGGAGCUCGCGAAAGAGCUCGCUGUGCGCAACAGCGAUAUCGCGGACCUGAAGGCAUCGCGGGAGCGACUGCAAGGCGUGCAUGAGCGCACGGUCCAGGAAAUCAGGGAGGAGCUGGCUGUCGCGCAGGGCCAGGUGGCGGCGGCCAAGCGUGGGGCAGAGGCUGUGCAAAGUGCACACAAGUCCGCGGAGGCAGAGCUGCGCAACCGCGUCGAGGCUGGUGUGGAGCAGCUGCGUGCGACCGAGGCGAAGCUGAAGGAGGCACAGGCGGAGCUCGCGGCCGCUCGGCGCCGGCUCACGGAGCUGCAGGACGAGGCGGACGACGCGCGCGCCCGGGCGGAGUCUGCGCGGCGCGCGGCGGUCGCAGCCAGGGCCGCUGCGUCCGACGGCGACGCCGCCGACGUGGCCGCGCAGGCGGUCGAGGCGGAGGAGCGCGUGGAGGCAGCCCGGCAGCGUAUGGUCGCGGCGGAGCGCAGGCAGCGCGAUGCGGAGGCGGCGCAGAGCGCGCUCCGCUCGGAGCUCUCGCAGGCGCAGCAGGAGGUCGCGCGCCUCAAGACGCAGCUGGAGCAGGCCGAGGGCGCCCGUGAGCAGCUCCGGGUCGCGCGCGACGAGCUCGCGCGGCGCGGGCGGGCGAUGGUGGCCGAGGCGGAGUCGCUGGCGGCAAAGGUGGCGGCGCAGCGGCAGACGGAGAGCGAGCUGCGGGCGCGCAUCGGGCCGCUCGAGGAGCAGGUGCGGGGCAUCGAGGAGCGCGAGCGCGAGGUGGCGCGGCGCGAGGGCGAGAUGCAGGAGGCGGCGGCACGCGCGGUGAAGGAGUACGACGUGUCAGAGAAGAAGCGCGAGCUGUACAAGGCGGAGGCGCACCGGCUGGACGAGGACAAGAAGAAGCUGCGGAGGAAGCUGGACGCGGUGGCGGCGGAGCGGGACCGGCUGGCGGACGCGCUGACGCAGGCCACGGGGCGGCGGCCGGCGCUGCGGACGGCGAGCGUGCGCGCGGGCGGGGCGUCGGCGGGCGGAAGCAAGGCGCCGUCGCGGCGGGCGUCGACCGCGGCGGCGGAAGCGAUGGGCGAGGAGGCGGCCGCGGACGCGGAGCCGUAG